AUUACCUGUCAUUAUGUAACCACAUCUUUUGAGCUUGCAUCAAAAAUUUUGUCAACAAAUCAACUAGCUUCCCCUACAAACCAUUCAGCUAUUAACAUUGCUGAUACUAUCAGUAAUGUUGUAGCUGAAUGGGGCUUACUAGGGAAAGUCUUUUGCAUAGUUACCGACAAUGACGCCACAAUGAAAAAAGCAUGUGCGCAUCUCAAAAUCAUGCAUAUUUCUUGUUAUGCGCAUACCAUAAAUUUAUUGGUACAAGAUUUGCUAAAGCUUCCAUGCGUAUCUGGGAUGCUUUUAAAGUGCAAGCGCACAGUCUCAUUUUUUAAAUCGAGCAAUAUAGCAAAUGCGAAGUUUAAGAAGGAGCAAGGGGUUAGUAAGCCGUACAGUUUGGUCCAGGAGGUACCUACCCGCUGGAAUAGUGCGCUUUUCAUGAUUCAGCGUAUCCUGGAGACAAACGAAUCUAUCUCAAAGGUUCUUUUAAAAACUCCAAAGUCACUACCGCCGUUUACCGCAGACGAAAUCACUCUCCUAAAAGAAUUGGUUGAGAUACUGAAUGCAUUUCAGGAUGCAACGGUAUCCAUUUCUGGAGAUACCAAAGUGACUAUAUCACUUAUUAUCCCAACAUGCUGCGAGUUGCGCCAAAAAGUGUCGGGAAUGGGAUCGUUCAUAUCUCCAGAGGCGAAACAAGUAGUGGAUUAUCUCAAGGUCCGAAUGCCAGAACGGUUUUCACCGUAUGAGACGCGAACAGCAACAAGGCUUGCAACCAUAUUGGACCCACGGUUCAAAAAGGAUGGAUUCCUGCAGCCAUCAAAUGCUGAGCAGGCAGCAAAAACCUUGGAGCUGGAAGUGUCUACAUACUUAUCAAAAACUGUCCAACGUCCACAGCCAGCACCACCACAACAAAAACGCUUCUCGUUUAUGAGCAAGAAACUGGAAGACAAGGUGAAAUCUAACAAAGCUGACUCUAUUAUAAUUCUCCGCCAAUAUUUUGAAGUGUCGCAUGAAGCAGAAGAAGCAAAUCCACUUGAAUAUUGGAAGGAGCAUACAAAGGAUACCACGGCCUUAGCACUGCUGGCUAAAAAGGUUUUAUGCGUGCCAUCAUCUUCUUGCGCUUCAGAACGAGCAUUCAGCAAAGCUGGACAGAUCGUGUCCGACAGGAGAUGCGCUCUGAAACCAAACAUAGUCAAUAAACUUGUUAAUUUUUAUUUUUGUGUUUUAACUGAAAACAUCGAUGUUUCAUCGAUGUUUACUUUCAAAAACAUCGAAAACAUCGAUGGUCCCAGACAUUCCCAGCUCUAA